AACGCAUAACACAGUAUCCAUCUAUCCAUCAAAUUUCAAAAGUACAACUCAAAACGUUAACACUUAGAGUUUGAGUAGGCGACUGAAGGGCCUCUAUUUCCUUCCUUUCUAAAAAGCAAAGCUAUCAUCUCUCUCUUUCUCUCUCUCUCUCUCUCUGCAACAACCCCUUCGCAUCUGAUCCAAGAAUCCCAAGCUUAACUUCCCAUUAUUUGUCCUCUUGUGAUCUCUUUCUUUGCUGCCAUUGGCAGAGUUGAUUGCUCGUGGAGAUGACAAGGGUGACCCGUGAUUUCGGGGAUACCAUGUAUAAAGAUGCAGUGCCGGCAGUUUCAGCUGACGUGAUAUUUGCUUCACUUCGAUUUCCUAAUUACAAACUUGGAGCUAACAAUCAAAUCAUGGAGACAAAGGAUGACCCGAAAGUAUUAUCUAUGAAGGAGGUUGUUGCACGUGAGACUGCACUGCUGUUGGAACAACAGAAACGUCUGUCAGUUCGUGACCUUGCUAAUAAAUUUGAGAAGGGUUUGGCAGCUGCUGCUAAACUAUCUGAAGAGGCUAGACUGAGGGAAGCAGCAUCGUUGGAGAAGCAUGUUCUUUUGAAAAAGCUUAGAGAUGCACUUGAAUCCUUAAAAGGGCGAGUUGCAGGAAGAAACAAAGAAGAUGUAGAGGAAGCAAUUUCUAUGGUUGAAGCUCUAGCAGUUCAGUUGACUCAAAGAGAAGGGGAACUAAUACAAGAGAAGGCUGAGGUGAAGAAGCUAACAAAUUUUCUUAAGCAGGCUUCUGAAGAUGCUAAGAAACUCGUCGACGAGGAAAGGGCUUUUGCUCGUUCUGAAAUAGAUAAUGCCAGAGCAGCAGUUCAGAGGGUGGAGGAGGCACUUCAGGAUCAUGAGAGGAUGUCUCGAGCUACAGGGAAGCAGGACCUGGAAGAAUUGAUGAAAGAAGUUCAGGAAGCCCGAAGAAUCAAAAUGCUGCAUCAACCAAGCAAGGUCAUGUCUAUGGAACAUGAGCUUCGAGCAUUGAGGGCCCAACUCUCAGAGAAGUCUAGACACUAUCUUCGACUUCACAGGGAGUUGUCAAGGAUGAAGAAAGGGGAGGAAAAAGCUUCCCAUUUAUACGAGUUAGAAGGAACUGAAACACUUGGUUCAUAUUUACAAAUUGAACCUUGCUCUGAUAAUGCCCUUGAACUUUCAAAAUGUUCAUUUCAGUGGUAUCGUGUAUCACUGGAUGGUGCCAAAAAGGAACUUAUUUCAGGAGCUACAAAGUCAGUUUAUGCCCCUGAACCUUUAGAUGUUGGACGCAUACUGCAAGUUGAUAUUAUUUCAGAAAGCCUUCAAAUCACUCUGUCAACUACUGGUCAAAUAGAUCCAGCUGCUGGUUUGGGAACCUAUGUAGAGGCACUUGUGCGGAAACAUGAUACUGAAUUCAAUGUUGUUGUAACUCAGAUGAAUGGCUCACACCAACCAACUGAAUCUAUACAUGCGCUUCAUGUUGGAAAGAUGAGGAUGAAGCUCUGUAAAGGAAAGACAACAAUUGCCAAAGAAUACUAUUCAAGCUCAAUGCAGCUUUGCGGUGUUCGAGGAGGUGGGAAUGCUGCUGCACAGGCUCUAUUUUGGCAGCCAAAGCAAGGGCUUUCUUUUGUAUUAGCUUUUGAAUCAGAGCGAGAAAGGAAUGCAGCUAUCAUGCUUGCAAGGAGGUUUGCAUUUGACUGUAAUAUUGUUCUUGCUGGACCAGAUCAUAAAGUUCCUUUAGAUACAUGAUGCGACCUCCUUGAAUAGUAUAUAUAUAUAUUUUUUUUCAACUGUAAUUAUUUGAAUUCUCAUCUAGUGAGAUAAGGCUUUGUCAUCAUUGUUGUUGUAAUUAUUUGAGUUCUGCAUUGUACUACAAGUGUGUAAAAGUGAAGUUUGUAACGUCAUUGUGAUUAGGAUUCAUUCAUACCCUGUGAUCUGAGUUAUUGUAUACCAUUUUCUUUCACCAACACCAGGGCAUUUUUUUUGUUUGCCUUUGUGAGUGAUAGUUAGCAAACUAUUUGAGCGUACACUUUGGGAUUGGUGUGAGCCACGCCCAUUGUUUGUUGUGUGCUAAUUGAUUGUAUUUGAUUGAUCCAA